AUGUGUUCCAAGGAGCGUAAGCCAACUCUUUUAGUUUCUUGGAGGAAACUUGCUGCUAGUUGGGUAAAACUCAAUGUAGAUGGGAGUUGUUUUCGUAAUCUGGGACCUUGUGGAGGUAAGGGAGUGAUUCAGGAUCAUUAUGGUAACUUGGUUGCUGGUUUCUUUGUUACAUAUGGUUAUGGAAAAAAUAGUGAAGCAGAAUUGCGUGCUGUCAUGACUGGGAUCGGAGAGAAAUCAGAGAAAUUGAAAGCAUUGGAAGUGGAAGUCAUUGAAUGCAGUAAAUAUCUGCCAAACAAUGAUGCUAAUCUUAAGAGACGGAGAGAAGAAACUCAGAUGGAAGUGCAAGCUGACAUUUCUUUCUCACAACAUCGUCUCUUGUGGAAGACAAUAUAUAUUGUUGAAAUCAUUGAGAAUUUGAAAUCACUGACAGUGGAGAAUGCUUCUUUGUAG